CACGAGAGUGUUUUGGUUCAACUUUUGAUUGAUUGAUUUAUUGUUUUCUCUGCUUAGCUUUGAUUUUUGAGCUUCCGUUUUCAAUGACACGUCCCUCGUACAUGUAUCUUUGUUGACGGACUGUCUUGUGCCUUGAAACCGACCGCGUAUAUGGAGCUGCCUCUUGGAAGUAUAAUUUCCCAUUUUAUGUAAGCUCAUCCGCCUAAUAGCUACAAGGACGACUAAUUGCACUCUACCCCCUGUUGCGUUGCGCCGAACUUGCUGGUAGCCUCUGCGGGUAAUAUAUCGCCACACAUGUCCAGCAGUAGUUGUAAUGACAGUGACGUCGACGCAGACGAUGUGGACUGGAAAAGACGAGCAAAGCGGUCCAGGCCUACUGAUGUCGAGCCUGUACAGUCUGCAGGCUAUUCAUCGAAUUCUUCUUGUCAAACGGUGACGAGUUCUCACAGCAGCAGGUCUGGUUUGGGACAGUGUGCUGCGCCGGCGCCAAGCACAACAACUGUAGCAUCCCAGACUAGUAGGCACUCCGCAUCUGUCACUGAAAGGCAUCAUGCGCAUGCUGAGGCUGUAGGGAGUUGCAGUACUGCUGCCUUGACUGGUCAUCCCCAUGGAGUGAUGCCUGCGCUGCAAGGUAAAGGUAUUCUUGGAGAGCACCCAUUCACCGAUAGAGGUGGCAAUCUCGAAGCCCAGUCACGACUCUGUCACCACUUGCACAUACGUUAUGACAUGGACACCGAACACUUUAUCAACAUCGUGGAGCAAUACCUGGGAGAGCCCCCCGCUAAGCGAAAUCACCUGAAGGUUUGCAUUGGUGUGAUCGGCAUUCGUCGCACUGUACGUCUUCUUGUCGACACCGAUGACACGAUGAGAACAGGAGGCAUGGAUACACAGAAUCACAUUCGGAAACGAACAGCCGGUGGCGUCUUUUACACGCUGAUGAAAAAGGCCCCUUUCAUUCGUCCUUCAGAGCAGAGUGAAAUCACUGCCCACGAAAAGGAGGCGCAUAAGCUGGAGGCCAAGAGGAAGAGGAAGCAGAAGCAGACGGAGGACCGGGCGCGCCAGGCCGCGCUCUUUCGACAACGAACAAUGAACCAAUCUUAGGAACCUCGCUGUAGUUAGUCACUGUAUGCUGCUUGUUUUAAUAUUCAAUAUUAGGGUGUUUGAAGAGUCGGCGUGGAGAAAAUCGAUUUUGGAUGGCUUAUAACUGCUAGUGUUGGACACAAACUACGGAUAACAUGCAACAUGUUGGUCCUUUCUUUUUAAAUUUAAUCCUUGGCUCUCCAUCCGAGUCUGAUAAUAAAACUCUUUUUAAAAAAUUCUUUAAACUCGUUCUUGUCUGGCCAUGUUGGCAUCAAUGAUAUUCUUUGUCUUAUAAUAUCAGGGUGCAUUCUUAUUUUUCUCUAGGUUCUCGGAAAAGAUUUCGCUUGGAAGUCAAGGAAACUGGAAUAAUUUAGGAGCGGAAUUCGAAGAUCUUGAUUGUACAACUUUCCCUUUUCGCAUAGGCACAGUGCGUGUUACAUUCGUGUCACUCAAGAUUGUGGGCCCCUUUGGCGCUUCACAUGUGCAAAAGAUGUCCGAAUUCUUCGAGACCCGUUCCUAAAUUUCCAGUUUCUUCGACUUUCAGGAGAAAUUUCUCUGAGAAGCUAGAGAAAACAAGAUCGCACCCCUAGCUUUCCAGGCCUAUUUUUUCUUUACUCUUAGGUUAGCUGUAUUUAUCUUCAUUUUUGUGUUCUUGUGUUGUUCUUUGUCAGGGAACGUAUCACGUCGUUUCUCUCAAUACUCCGCGAUUGUAACGUUAGGGGCCAUAUAGAGCAGGUUGAACUAUCUUCUUUGGUCUAUCAUUUCUUUUUUCGUCCGGAAAAGGGUAGAUUUAUACAUACAUAUGUCUUGUCUUUUCUAUUUGCCCCCCCCCGUCCUCAAUGAAAGGAAGAUGUGGUGUAUAGUGAUUGUCACAACAUUGUCUCCUCUCUCUCUGUACUGUCUCUCUCUCAUCUUUAUUAAAAUGUGCAUGCUCGAUGUAAAUAAAUCAGUCCUUGUCUUGUCCCGCAA